CGUGCUUUAUCUACUUUAUACACCUUUACAUGAUGUUUUCUUAGACAAUGAAGACCACAAUACCACUGCCACUACUGAACAUCAAUAUUUAGACUGCAAAGACACUUUUAGUCGAACUGGAAUAAGUUUUUUAUUAUCGGGAAAAAGUAAGAAGACUCCGGACUAAACGGAUGAUGGAAGUCUGAUAUCGCCUUUCGAUUCUCAAGGACUGUUUCAAAGACGUUUUUUUGGGGGGGGGAAAGAAAUAAAAUGAAGAUUUUCAGGUGAGGUGAGCAGCAUGGAUAAUACAAAACGCGUAAAUGAUAUGUAUCUCUAAGCUCAGUGGUGCUCAUCCCAUAGCCUGGAGAUGUUAGCUGUCCAACACUACAACAGUUCAGCCCUGGAUGUGAAUGAAGGAUUUAGCAAUCAGACCCAGCAGGUGCCUGGAGUGGUGUGCUGCAGGGAAAACCUGAACAUCACAACCGACCCCACGGCAGCGGGCCUGUCCAUGACCCUGGGCAUCGUGUCCAACAUCGUAGCACUGAUCAUCCUGGUUAAAGCGUACACUCGUCUGCGGAAGCGCUCCAAAGCAACAUUCCUGCUGUUCGCCAGCUCUCUGGUGGCUACGGACCUUGCAGGUCAUGUUAUUCCAGGUGCCCUGGUUCUGCAUCUCUACAUGUCUGGCACCGCUGGAGGACUUUGUUACCAACCCGAUGCCACCUGCCAUUUCCUGGGCGGCAGCAUGGUGUUCUUCGGCCUGUGCCCGCUGUUUCUGGGGUGCGUUAUGGCGGCGGAGCGGUGCAUGGGUGUGACGCAGCCUCUCCUGCACGCCCGCGUAAUUUGCAUGGCCCACACCAAGAUGGUGCUGGUGAUGAUAUGGCUGUUGGCUUUAUCUGUAGCGCUGCUGCCCUUCUUUCGCCUGGGAACAUACACCUACCAGUUCCCGUGGACCUGGUGCUUCAUAAACGUGUUAGACAAUACCAGCAUCACAGACGUGAUAUUUGUGCUGCUGUUUUCUGGACUGGGACUGGCCGCGCUGGCCGUGGCACUGGUCUGCAACACCAUCAGCGGGGUGACACUGGUGAACGCCCGUCUGCGCAGGAAGAAGUGCCACCGCAGAUCGGCUAAAUCACAUGACAUUGAGAUGGUGGCACAGCUGGUGGGCAUUAUGGUCACUUCUUGCAUCUGCUGGAGCCCUCUGCUGGGUGGAUGA